AUGUGCGACGCCACGGGGCCCGUGCGCUCUGGCGAGGCGCGCUUCCCCUCUGCCAUGGCCGCCGCGGCGUCGCCAGCGGCACUGCCAGCUCACCCGUACGGGCAGCUGGGCGCGUUCGAGACCCGCCUCUCGCGGGCCGAGCUCCGCGGCGAGUGGCUCGAGGAGGAGGCGGUGCGGGAGCUGCAGACCAAGGUCGGCUCCUGGGAGCGGGCGCAGCCGCAGCUGCGCAACACUCUGGCCGAGCUGAAGGCCCAGGUCGGUGCCCUCGCCGACGAGAUAGGCUCGCGUGUGGCGCAGCUGGACGGCCUGGACUGCAGGCUCUGGGAGCUGCAACGCCAGGGUGUCACUGCCGCCGUCAGUCCCUUGCUUGAGCCUCUGCUGUCGCGGAUGGAGGCCCAGGAAUCGAAUGCAGCAUCCAUAUGCAUGCGCAUGGAUACCAUCCAAGAGCAGGUGGCUGCUGUCGCCUUGGGCGACCGCUCUCGGCAGCCACCAUGCGUCGUGGGCAGCUCGUUGACAUCGCCAACUACAGACCGCUUGGACGAGCUGGAGCGCGCGAGCAGCGAAGCCCAUGACUGCCUCGAGGCUAUCUUCGCGCGGCUCACCGCGCUGGAAGGGGCUGUUGAGCAAGACGGCCUUCGGCAGCGCCAUGCCGGAUACGUGGCGGCGGCUGAGGCGAAACACGAUGCUGAGGCUGAGCAAGGGUGGCUGCGAAGGCUCGAGCUCCUGAGCACCGAGGCGGCGGCGCAGCACGCAGGCCGCCCGUGGUGCGAGGAGGAGGGCUCGAGGCCCGCCAGUCGACUGCCGCAGUCCGAGCGCAAAAGCCCAGACGCCAGAGUGGAGGCGCACGUGCUGACGGCGCAGGCAGACGCGCCAGAGACGUCUCCCGAGGAGCAGGAGCGACUGCUGCAGCCCCGCCGCAUAGCCGCGGCAGAGAAGCGGCUGGAGCAGCUGGAGGCGGAGUCUGGGGACCUCGCUUCGCGGCUGCGCCGGCGGGAGGGCCUGACGAGCUCUGCCCUGUCCAGGCUGGACGCCCUCGAGUCCCUCGACGCAGGAGGCCUGCAGCGCCGCCUCGGCGGCCGCUUGACGGUGCUGGAGGCGAAGGUCUCCCAGCUGGAGCUCUCCUCAGAGGAGGCCGACUGGCACAGCCGACUGGACGCCAUGCAGAGCAGGCUCUCCGAGCUCGAGGGCGCCAGUGCCGGCACCGCGCGACUGCUCGAGCUGGCCCGCGCCGCCGACGGCCGCCUGGCCGAGCUCGAGAGCCAGGUGGCGACUGCGGCUGCCCGCCUGGCCGAGGCGGAGGCGCGGGGGGACGAGGGGCUGUCCUCGAUGGUGGAGAGGCUGCGCAGGCUGGAGGAGGCUCCCGGGCCUGCCGCGCAGCUGCGGGAGGAGUGCACGGCGAAGGUCCAGGAGGCGCGGGGGCUGCUGGACCAGCUGCUGUCCUCGGAGCUCGAGGUCGCGGUCGCCAGCCUCGGCUCGAGGCUCGGGCUGCUGGAGGCCCAGUCCUGCUCGCGUGAGCAGCCUGCGGCCGAUGCGUGGGCGCGGCUCGAGGAGGAGCAGGCGGCGCUGCGCCUGCGCGGCGAGGCCGCCCGGGUGGACGAGGCCAUCGCGGAGCUGCAGCGGCAGCGGGAGGAGGAGCAGCGCGAGCGCCGGGCGCUGGCCUCCGGGCUGGAGUCCAGGGUGGCCGAGUACGACCGCUGCGCCCGGGUGGUGUUCCGCGACGUGGUGCCGCGACUGGGCGAGCUGACGGAUGCCUUGGACGAGGCGCGGCGAGAGACCGGGGUGCUCCGCGGGCGCCUUCUCGCGGCGGAGGCGGAGGUGCCGCGGGCCCGCCACGCCCUGGCGCCCCCCGCCGCGCAGGCGGUGCCGCUGCUCGGCCUCCCCGGGCGCCCGCGGGGCACGGCCGGCGACCAGGAGGUCAGCUGGCAGGAUUGCGAGGAGUUCUCCAUGAGCAAGAUUGGCAUCGACCGGUUGCGCAUCCUGGGGUACAACGCCCAUCGGCAGGUUUUCGAGACACUCGAGCAGUGCCUAGUCACAGCUGGGCAGGAUGCCAUUCUGUCAACCCUGCAGACCCGCUGGGGGCUCCGAGCUUGUAGCCAGACGCAUGUGAUCUGCGUGAAGUUCAAGCGAUGCCUCAUCCUCUGUCUCGGCCUCGACGCGCUCCUGAGCGGGCUCGAGUGCUUUGUGAUCGCAGCAAAAGGCUGCGACGAACUGGACAAGCAACUCGCGCGGUGUUGGAGAUUUUGUGACAGUCUUAAAUGUGCGAGUGAAGUGGCGGAUGAAGGUCUUCUUGGAUCGCCAGCCAACAACGUAGAUUUGCUACUCGACGAAGAUGUCGCCGACGAGUUCUGCAAUUUCGACGUUGCAGUGCUGCGCGCCAACAACAGCUGGGAGCUCGCGGACGUAGCGGCAGUCGUCUACCAACGUCUAUCCGUCCUCGCCGUCGCGGGGUCUGUGGCCGCCGUGAUCGGAGGAGGGAAGGCCCACGAGGAGGAGUCCAAAGAGAUGAUGGCGGAAACCGCAAAGGCCAACGCGGCCGACCUGGAAAGCUCGAGGCCGUUCCUCCGCAUAUUCCUGGCGUUGAGCGUGUGCAUGGCUCAGAUGGGCGAUCCGAAGCCGCGUGACCAGGGGCGGAAGCAUUAUUUCGAGCAGAUGAAGCAGCUCUUCGAGGAAAGGCUGAAGGACAUCGCGCUCGAAGAGAUGGGCCAGACUGUGCAGUAUUGGAGCUGA